AUUUUAGAUUUUAAUGAAAAGUCAAAUCUGAAACAAUUUCCUGGAAUAAAAAAAAAAAAGCUGUCUGUUUAUGUAUAGCGUAAGCGGUUGAGUUUAUAUUUCGUCAACAUGGAAGAAUGAUCCUCUUGACUGAAUGAACGGAUUUAUUUUACGGAACAGAAAGCGGUAAAGAUCUAAUUAUAACCAGUGAAUAAGUUAUACAAAGUGAAAUAUGGGAGACAGACCUCAUUCUCCGCUCUCUGUGUCUUGCGUGCGAGCCCUAAACGACAAAUUGUACGAAAAAAGGAAAAUUGCCGCACAAGAAAUUGAUAAAAUGGUCAAAGAAUUUUUGGCUCAAAACAACACUGCUCAGAUACGAAAACUCUUACGUGUCCUUGGUGAAGAUUUUUCUGUCUCACAUAAUUUAAAUACGAGGAAAGGUGGUUUAAUGGGCUUGGCAGCUACUGCCAUUGGUCUUGGAAAGGAAUCUGAUAAAUACGUCAGUGGACUUGUAAAACCGGUGCUGGCUUGUUUCCAUGAUCAAGACAGUGGUGUCCGUUACUAUGCCUGUGAGGCUCUGUAUAAUAUCGUCAAAGUCUGUAGAGGUUCUGUGUUACCAUACUUCAAUGACAUUUUCAAUGGAUUGAGUAAGUUGACUGCUGAUCCUGACCAGCAUGUCAAGAAUGGCACAGAACUACUCGAUCGCUUAAUAAAGGAUAUCGUCACUGAAAGUGCUUCGUUCGAUUUAGUUGCUUUUAUUCCAUUGUUGAGAGAACGUAUUUAUACAACAAACACAUUCGCCCGCCAGUUUGUCGUGUCAUGGAUUUCUGUUCUGGAUGCUGUCCCAAAUAUUAACAUGUUGUUUCUCCUGCCUGAUAUUCUUGAUGGGCUCUUUCGAAUUUUGGGAGAUUCAAACCCAGAAAUUAGCAAAAGUUGUGAGAAUGUGUUUAAUUCAUUUUUAUCUGGCAUACGGAAGUCCAAAAAUGGUGUUAACUUUCAUGGAAUGGGUAACAUACUCAUAGUUCACAGUCAAAGUUCAGAGGAUUUAAUUCAACAUAUUGCCCUCACCUGGCUUCAUGAGUUCGUUAUGUUGUCUGGAAGAACAAUGCUACCAUUUGCAUCAGGAAUCAUCAAUGCCACUUUGCCAUGUUUAGCAUAUAGUGACACUUCACAAAGACAAAACAGAGUCAAAGAAGCAGCAAAGCUUCUAAAUACACGAAUGAUGCAGAUAGUAGAUUCUAGGGACGACCAACUCCCAGUCAGCAGCAAGAGUUCUGAUGCCUCUGUUACCACUAGUCCAGAAUCUGGUGAAAUAUCCAAAGAAUCCGGUGAUCUUCGAGAUGAACAGUUGGAUAUUGCUUCCGUAAUUAGUGUUCUCUGCCAGAUGUUAACACACAACUCUAUUCAAACAAGGAUUGCUGCUCUACAAUGGUUCGGUCAUCUUUUAAAUAAAAUUCCUAUAAAGACAUUCCAGUACAUUGAUGACUUUUUCCCUUUAUUCCUUCAAACCCUGAAAGACCCUUCUGAUGAGGUUGUACUUCUUGAUCUUGAAGCUCUUGCUGAAAUUUCGUCCAAUCCAGCUGGCAAACAAGCAAAACCUGGUUCCAGCACAGAAACAUCCAGGAAUGAAGACAAGAGUGCCAACACAAAGGUCCUCACUAGUCUUAAUCACUACUUUGAUAAAUUCAUGAGAGAACUCAUUCAGUUAUUUCAUCGGGAACAAAACCUGCUGGAAGAAAAAGGGACCUUUAUACUACGACAACUGGCGUUGCAGCUAAAUGCAGAAGACAUCUAUAGAACGCUUUCUGAAAUACUAAUGCAAGAAGAGGAUGCAUCCUUUGCGUGCAUCAUGGUGCAAACACUCAACACUAUUUUACUCACAUCGACCGAACUCUUUGAGUUGCGGAACCAACUUAAAGAUUUAAAAACACCGGAGAGCUGUUCCCUUUUCACUUGCCUCUACAAAUCCUGGUGUCAUGGUCCUGUAGCCACUGUAUCACUCUGUUAUCUCACACAGAACUAUGAGCAUGCCUGUGAUCUUCUAGAAACAUUGUAUCCUUUUACUGUUUUGCUGUUUUAUCAAUGA